AUGCCCAAGUCUAACAACGAGCUUCUAUUUGCAUCUUUAAACCAGGAUUACAGCUGCGUCUCUGUCGGGACUACAAAGGGAUACGCUAUAGCGAACUGCGAGCCUUUUGGCAGAAUCCACGGAAAGAACGAUGGCGCCACCUCUCUCGUUGAGAUGCUCUUCUGCACCUCGCUCAUCGCAAUCGUAGGCGGUUUGGACAGAAACUCUGACAGAAAGCUACAAAUUGUCAACACUAAGCGUCAAUCCAUUAUCUGCGACCUAUUUUACCCCACAAAGAUCCUUGGCGUCAAGCUGAAUCGCAAACGCCUAAUCGUAAUCCUCGAAAAGGAGAUAUACAUGUACGAUGUAUCUAACAUGAAACUCAUCUGGAACUCAGAAACUUGCCCAAACCCAGACGCUGUCGUUGCGCUGUCGUCUUCCUCUGACCCCUCUUAUCUCGUUUAUCCGUCACAGUCCCCUUCCACUCAAACCGCCUCUUCUGCUGCUCCUCCGCCACUGCCUAACGCUAAUUCUCACUCUAACAACGGCGACGUCAUUAUCUUCGACACACUCUCACAACAAGCCGUAAACUUGUUAUCUGCACACAAGUCUCCCGUCGCUUCCCUGGCUCUCAAUAGCUCCUCCUCAAUGCUUGCAACUGCUUCCGAUAAGGGCACCGUCAUUCGCGUCUUUAGUCUCCCAUCCGCCGAUAAGCUCUAUCAAUUCCGACGCGGUUCAUACCCAGCCAGAGUCUACUCUAUCGCUUUCAAUCAGGUCUCUACUCUGCUCGCUGUCAGCUCGGCUACUGAUACCAUACACAUAUUCAAGGUUGGAAGAAGUUUCGACGGUGCUUCCUCCAACAACGACGAUAUCACCUCUGAGACAAGCGACAGACUGGCGAACCAGGCUGGAAUGCUUGGUGGCUAUGAAGCUUUUGUUGAUGGCAAGAGGAGGUCUUCACUCGGAACGUCCAUAUCGCAAAAAGGUCUUAGCUUUGGAAAGGCUUUGACUAGUGGUGCUGGUUCCAUCUCUAAGCAUCUGCCUCGUGGAGUCACAGAAAUGUGGGAACCGUCUCGUGACUUUGCAUUCGCAAAGCUGCCAGAAAGGGGCGUAGAGACGCGCGUUGGUUUAUCCUCAACCCUUCCUCAACUAAUGGUAGUCUCUUCUCAAGGACUCUUCUACUCAUAUUCGAUAGAUCUCGAGAAUGGAGGUGAAUGUACGCUAAUUAAGCAGUACAAUCUCCUCGACAGUAUGGAGUGA